GAAACCCUACGGCGCACCCAAACACUCGCCUAUAUAAUCCUUGUCGGCCAUUACUUCUUCCCUCUUAGCUCGCGCCUCCUUCGCCCUUCCCCGGCUCUUCAUCUUUUUGUCGCCUAGGGUUAGGGCUUGUUCAUUGGAGGAACCAUGCUCGUCUACCAGGAUCUUCUCACAGGAGAUGAGCUUUUGUCGGACUCAUUUCCAUACCAGGAAAUAGAGAAUGGUAUGCUGUGGGAAGUUGAAGGAAAGUGGGUUGUUCAAGGAGCAGUUGAUGUGGACAUUGGUGCAAACCCUUCUGCCGAAGGUGGUGGUGACGAUGAAGGAGUUGAUGACCAGGCUGUUAAGGUGGUUGAUAUUGUGGAUACCUUUCGUCUUCAGGAGCAACCAGCAUUUGAUAAGAAACAAUUUGUGACCUUCAUGAAGCGGUAUAUCAAAAAUUUGACUCCUAAGUUGGAUGCCGAGAAACAGGAGCUAUUUAAGAAACACAUUGAGGGAGCCACCAAGUUUGUACUUUCAAAGCUUAGUGACCUGCAAUUUUUCGUAGGUGAGAGCAUGCAUGAUGAUGGCAGCUUGGUCUUUGCGUACUACAAAGAUGGUGCAACCGAUCCAACAUUCUUAUAUUUUGCCUAUGGGUUGAAGGAGAUCAAGUGCUAAAAUAUACCACUUCUCCAGAUGGGGAUAUGCUGCUACUUCAGCUUAUUUGUCAUGUACCUGGGGGACUUAAGAAGCAAUGCCUCUUCUUUUAAUGUGCUUGAGAAUUUGGAUUUUGCUUUGGAAUACUUAGUUGAUCUUUGGUGAUAUUUGUGCUUCAUCUCUGAAUUAUUUUGCCCAAUUGCAUAGAUUGAACUUAUUACAAGUGGACUCUGGUCUUGUGUCUCAUGUCUGAAACAUGACGUUAAUUGGAGAUUUGCAGUUAAUGUUUGGCUUGUUGAAAGUA